AUGAGCGUCCCUUCCACCAACAACUUUGACGACGACGACGACGACAGACCUUUUACUAUCACUCGCACAACAGCCGAUACGGAUAACAACGACAACAACAGUAAAAACGAGGAGGAAGAACAAAGAGUAACCACAUCCGCCCCUGAUAUUGCCGUCAACACCAAUGCCUAUGCAACAAAAAAGGAUGCAGGGAAAUCGGGAUCCUGCGUCUGGACCCCAGUAACAAAGCACGAGCUCCGUAUCUUUCUCGACAUCAUCAUCUACAUGGGUGUGUUCGGCAAAAACAUCACUCAUGACUACUGGUCAGCUUCCGAAAAGUACCCCCAACACUCCAUCAGCAAGUACAUGAGUCUCUACCGUUUCCAGCAGAUCAAACGAUAUCUCCAUGUGUCACCCCUCAACGAUGACCAUGUUGACUAG